AUGAUUUAAUAAUAAAGUGAUCUCUUUUCAUUUACACCAAUACUUUAAUCAACAUCCUUAGAUGAAAACUAAUUACCUUCUUACUCAACAUAUACAUAUGAUUUAUAUGAGAAAAAAUUUAGAAGGACAUCUAAAUUUGUAAAUUUUGAUUAAUUGAACUAUGUUCCAUUUUAUGCUGCUUCAAUCAAGAUUUCAAAUACAAAUGAUUUCUUAAUUACUGGAGGAGCAGUUUUAUUAGAAGAUAAUCAAGAUUAGUAUUAAACAACUAAUUUUUGCAUGAAAAUAUCUCUAAAUUAAGAUAGCGUAUUAAUAUCAUCUUUUGAUUCAAUAACAUAAACUUAAAUAUUGCCAUCAAUGAUAUAUGCAAGACACAAUCAUAAGAUUUAUGAAUUGAGAGAAAAUGAUAAACGAGUUUUUAUUGCUGUAGGUGGGUAAUAUAUAAAUAGUGAAGAAAUUGGUAUUUUGAAUUUUUGUGAAAAGUUAGUUGAAGGAUCUAAUUAAUGGGUUGAAAUAGCACCCUUAUCUAAAAAAAGAACAGGAUUUUCAGGAUUUGUAUAAAAUAAUAAAAUUUAUGUUUUCUGUGGAGUCUCAGGGUUUAAUGAGAAAAAACAUGAAAUUAUUCCACUUACUCAAAUUGAAGUUUAUGAUCUAACAAAGGACUUAUGGGAAUAAUUUAAAUAUAAAUGUCCUUUAGGAAUCUUAAUAGGAUUAGAUUCUCUUUGUUUACCUAUUAAUGAUACAAAAGUGUUAAUUUUAGGGGGAUCAAAAGAAUAGAGUGCAGAUUAAAUUUUGAUUUUAGAUUAGGAGAAAAAAGCAUUUAUAAAACAUUCAUAAAAGUUAACCAUUCCUAAAGCUAAAUGUUUUGGAAAGUUUGCUAGAAAAGUUUUAACUAAGAAAAUCAUUCGUGAAGACAGUAAUUUUUAUAAAAUAUUAAAGACUAAGAAAUUAUAAAUGAAGAAUAAAAAGAUAUUAUAAUAAUUUUAGGUGGAAAUACUAAUGAAUUAGAUUUAGAAAUCUAUUAAUUGUUAGAUGAAAAUGAACUAUAAAUAAAAUUACUUUAGAAAUAUGAUUUUAAUGAUGUAUUGGAUUAAGAUUAUGAAAUUAACGGUCUUCCUAAUAAAAUUUCAUGGAAUUUUGUAUUUAAGAGUUUACCAAUUCUAACAGAAUGA